CCAACAUUUAUUUCAUCCAAAAUCCCCAAUUUAUUGAACAUCUCACAACUGCAAUUGAGCAUCACCAACGCAUUGACCACCUAUCGUCGUCCCAAUCCAGUCACAAUGUCAACUCUCCAAAAUGUAUCCCAUCACCUCGACAACGCGCGCAUCGCGCCCGAGAUAUUCAAGCUUCGACCUGACUACCGCGCGCUCCUCAUCGUAGUAACCGGAAUCCCACCAAGCGCCAGCGACUCGGUCAGCGAGUCCAUUCUCUCGGGCGCUGAAUCAUCCGCCAAGGCUGCAUUGUCGCAGACACCCGUCACAUCUAUUCCCCACGUCGCCGCCUGGCAAGAAGCCUACAAAGCUUUCGGAGCGAAGCCGAAGAAGACCAAAAACAGUCUUGAGGCUCUGCUCCGCCGCGUGGAUGCUGGCCUUCCGCGCGUGAAUAGAUUGACCGACAUAUACAACGCCAUCUCCAUCAAGCACCAGGUCCCCGUUGGCGGCGAGGAUCUCGAUAAAUACCAAGGGGCGCCCUUUUUGAUCUGCGCAAAGGGCGACGAGACCUUCGAUACGACGGCUAGUGGAGAGGCUGUCGUCGAGAAUCCUAGUCCUGGUGAGGCGGUUUGGUGUGACAAUGGUGGUGUCACGUGCAGACGCUGGAACUGGCGGCAAUGCUCGAGGACGGCGUUGACGGACAAUACGAAGAAUGUGUUGUUCAUCAUCGAUGCUCUGGGUCCAUUGAAUGACGAGGCUUUGAAUGCGGCUGCUGAUGAGCUGUGUGGCGAACUCAGCAAGUUGUCGGACCAGGUACAAGUGUCUCGACGACUGCUUGCUGCACCAUAGAUGCCGUUUCUUGUUGUUCAAUGUUCAAAUAUUCGUUCGCAAUUGGAGUGUAACGAUUGUUGUAUUAUUUUUGGUGGCGUCCUUAGACUUAUUUGUUCAGAUAGUUCGAGAUAGAGCUAGGGAUGACCAGGUGUCAUUGCACCCAGCCUGCUUGAUCGCUUUAUCACGACAUACCCAUGUAGACUAGGAAUUGAAUCAAGACACUCACAUACUUCAACA